UCCACGAGUACGUAACUCUGAUCCUUACCACCACCAUGAGUCUCAGCAGGGGCUUCAUGUACUCGGCCAUCUCAGGCAAUGAGGCAAUGCUCGCAGCUCAAGGGCCAUACGGUCGGUCUCCGACGUUACGGACCUUUUCCUUGAUAACGAUAUCCAUGUCUCUUAUAUUUUUCUGGUUUUGGACAUUCCUGGAAACGCCUUACGAAUCAGCUACCCUUAGCCAAGCCAUCCAUAUAUCUCAACCCAAGGAUGUCCUGGACGAAUCCAAGAUUUUUGUCAUCUCUCUUCCACGUCGUCACGAUCGCCAAGCACAGAUGGAGCAUCUGCGGUCGUUUCUGAACCUGAAGUGGACGUAUUGGGAUGCCGUAGAUGUAAAAGAGGAGCGGAUAAGUACCAUUCUCGACCAAGUACACUCUAUCCGCAACCGAGCAGCCAAUCUUAGCAUCGAUACUAUUUCAGAACGAAUCCGGUUACCCUUCCAAUGGCCAAGCAACGUCGAUGCUCUUGCGAAAAGCAACGUAUCUCUUGCUGCCGCCGAAGCGCUAUUUUGGACUUCACCUUCUCCCGCUGGGAAACACACAUCCCGCUCGCCUCUAACUUGCGCAGCUGCCGAUUUCACCAUCUUGCCGUACGAUGCGGAUCUCCCGGAGCAAAAAAUACUCAACGCUCCGCGAGUCGCAUGCUGGGAAUCUCAUCUCUCCGUCAUCAAGGAAAUCGCUGAGUUGGAGAAGGAUACCUUCGGUGUGAUCUUGGAGGAUGAUGUCGACCUAGAAAAGGAUAUUAGAAGUCGUCUCGCUCGUGUGUGGACAUACCUACCAGACGAUUGGGAUAUGGUAUAUUUAGGACAUUGCUGGGGCAAUGAAAUUUAUUAUCCCGCACUAACACCCCCUGCGUCUUCUGACGAGAGCCAACUGCAUCCGUCAAAAAAACCGAAAUGCACUCAUGCCUAUGCUGUUUCUCCAGUUGGUGCCCGACGCCUGUUACUCCACCUUACAUAUCCACCAUUUGCUUAUUCGCGAGCGAUUGACCAGGCUUAUGCAUGGUUGAUAAAGACCAAACGCAUUAAGAGCUUCUCCAUCGUGCCAAGUGUGGCCGUUCAGACGAAGAACGGUCUUAGUGAUAUCAGCGAAGAGAAACUGAUCAUCUGGAAAGAAGCGUUGGUCGAUGGAGUAUUCGGGAUCUGAUGGUACGUCAAUUUUCUUUUUCAAUUUUUCUCGGAUUUACUACGAGUUGGAUGAAUUGUAUGCAAUCUGGAUGGACUUUGUUACAUGGAUCCACUGUAGCCACUGAAUGCUCGUAAUGUGUAUAGAUAUAGUGUUUGUAGUGAUAUCGAUGCAUUCUCGUCGGUGUACUGUAUAAAUGAUCGUGC